AUGAACGCUGAUAAACCAGAACAGUCCCAUAUCGAAGCUGUGGACGCAUCCAAAGAUCAAGCAGUCAUAUAUGAAGUCUCAAGCGACUCCAACAAGUCGGAGUCGUACAUUGCUGGAUCUGAAGAUGACUACUAUACCGAUCUCCCUGAGUCACUCCAGGGUCUAACUCAGCAGCAGUUGAAAGAGCUCGAUAAAAAGACGCUUAGGAAAAUCGACUUGAGGCUCAUGCCCAUGCUCAUCUUCAUCUACAUUCUCAACUACAUCGACAGAAACAAUAUCGCUAGUGCUCGACUCGGUGGUUUGGAAAAAGAUCUCGGGUUGCAUGGCAACCAGUACCAAAUCUGUAUCUCGGUGCUCUUUAUCGGAUACAUUCUUUUCCAAGUUCCUUCCAAUAUGCUAUUGAAUCGUUUGGGCCGGCCCUCGGCUUACUUGGCUGUCGUGAUGACUAUUUGGGGUGCCAUUUCUGCAUGCACCGCUGCCGUUAAAGGGUUUGGUGGACUAGUUGCCAUUCGAGUGUUCCUUGGUGUCGUUGAAUCGGCAUUCUUUUGCUCGGCAUUGAUGAUUUUGAGUUCCUGGUACGACAAAAAGACCCUUGCUAGCAGAAACUCAAUCUUGUACGCUGGUUCCUUGAUCAGUUCUGCAUUCAGCGGGUUGUUGGCCGCGGGGAUAUUGGAAAUGGAUGGCUUGGGAGGAAUCGAAGGCUGGAGGUACUUGUUCAUAAUUGAAGGAGGUGUCACCGUGCUCACUGUGCCAUUUGCUUACUUUAUUUUGCCCGACACUCCCAGCAACACCAAGUUCUUGUCGCAGCAGGAAAAAGACAUCAUCCAGUGGAAAUUGAAAAAGGACUUGGGUGAUGUUGACGACUCCGACAAAGAAGCGCAGAUCUCCGAUUGGCAGGGCUUCAAAUUGGCUGUUUCCGAUAUCAAGAUGUGGAUGCUUUGUGGAGCUCACAGUUUCUUGGUCGCCGCUUGUGGUGUCACCAAUUUCUUCCCUAGUAUUGUUGCAACUUUGAAAUUCAACCACACCAUCACCUUGUGUUUAACGGCACCACCCUAUGUCGUCGCGGUGGUUGUCACAUAUUUCUGGGCUCGAAGCGCCGACAAGACUGGUGAACGAACUUUGCACGUGAUCAUACCUCUAGUGUGUGCCAUGGUUGCGUUUAUUAUUGCCGUGGCCACGUUAAACACGGGCGCAAGAUACUUUAGUAUGAUAUUGAUGAUUCCAGCAUUAUACUCGGCAUUCGUGGUGAUUCUCACGUGGAUCUCAAACUGUUGUCCCAGACCACCGGCCAAGAGGGCAGUGUGCAUUGCCUUGGUCAACUGUCUUUCCAACUCAACUUCGAUUUGGAAUGCAUUCUUGUAUCCGUCAACGGAUGGUCCUCGUUACGUCAAAGCCAUGAGUUGCAACAUUGCUUUCCUUGUUUUGUCGAUUCUUUUCGUUAUGAUGUUGAGAAUCAGAUUGAUGGUGUUGAACAAAAAGAUUGCAAACGGAGCCAUGAACUGGCAGCGUGAAUUGGGCGCUGGUAAUGAUGGUUCAAAGAUUUCCCCUGAUUUUAGAUACUUGUAUUAA